CUGUUUAAUUACAGAGACACAGAACAUAAAGCAGCUUGAGCCAGAAGCCGUGGCUAUUAAAGGAUUUUUUUGUUGAAGCAACUUGCAUCACAUAAGAAAGAAGAGCAGAAUGGCGGGUAGGGUGGAUCUGGAUGGAAGCCCAAUCGAUGCCAUCACAAUCUGCAUGAUCGGUGGCGGGGGUUUCAUUGGAUCUCAUCUGUGCGAGAGACUGAUGCACGACACCAACCACACGGUUCUGGCGGUGGAUGUUUACAGCGACAAGAUCGAGCAUCUGCUUCAGCCGGGACAGCCAUGGUCCAGCCGCAUUCAGUUUCACCGAAUCAAUAUCAAGCACGAUCCCCGUCUCGAAGGCCUUAUCAAGAUGGCCGAUCUGACAAUCAAUCUGGCUGCUAUUUGCACACCAGCGGACUAUAACACUCGACCUCUUGAUACAAUCUACAGUAAUUUCAUCGAUGCUCUCCCUGUGGUUAAGUACUGCUCAGAAAACAACAAACGCCUGAUUCACUUCUCUACAUGUGAAGUUUAUGGAAAGACAAUUGGAAGUUUUCUUCCAAAAGACCAUCCCCUGCGACAGGACCCCUCUUUUUAUGUCCUUAAAGAGGAUGAAUCUCCUUGUAUUUUUGGUCCAAUUGAGAAACAACGAUGGUCAUAUGCAUGUGCAAAGCAGCUGAUUGAGAGGCUUAUUUAUGCUGAGGGGGCUGAGAAUGGCCUUGAAUUCACCAUUGUUAGACCUUUCAACUGGAUUGGACCAAGAAUGGAUUUUAUUCCUGGAAUUGAUGGACCCAGUGAGGGUGUACCAAGGGUUCUUGCCUGUUUUAGCAAUGGUUUAUUGCGGGGCGAGCCUUUGAAACUUGUAGAUGGAGGGCAGUCACAGCGUACAUUUGUUUAUAUAAAGGAUGCCAUUGAGGCUGUUCUCCGGAUGAUUGAAAACCCCUCUAGGGCAAAUGGCCACAUUUUCAAUGUUGGCAACCCCAACAAUGAAGUGACCGUGAGACAGUUAGCUGAGCUGAUGACUGAGUUAUACUCUAAAGUAAGUGGUAAACCACCUCUGGAGACGCCAACUAUUGAUGUAAGUUCCAAGGAAUUUUAUGGUGAAGGUUAUGACGAUAGUGACAAGCGAAUACCAGAUAUGACUAUCAUCAAACAGCAGCUUGAGUGGGAACCAGAAACCUCUUUGUCGGAUCUGCUUGAGUUUACACUGACUUAUCAGCACAAGACCUAUUCCCAUGCUGUGAAGCAGGCGAUGUCUACUGCAUCAAGCUGAAUAUUACCACAAUUUGCUGUUCAAUCGUUUUUGAGAACUAUUUGCCAAGGAUUUUAUCAGCUCGCUACUGCAAUUCUUUUGUGUACUUAGUACCUGUACCUCUCGGCCCUAAUCAAGUUUAUUAAAUAUUCUUUAUAAGUUUAUAACAUUUCAUUGUUACGUUCUUGGGGAAUGCAAGUCCGAAAAAGUAGACUCUAGAAUUUGUAUUAUUGCCAUUCUUAUUUAAAAUUAUUCUACAGGCUUUUAGCUG